GGCUCAGACACUAGAGAGACUUCAGGACAAUGGAGGAAUUAGCAGGCAGACCAAUCAAGAAAAAAGUUGUGGCAGUGGUGGGCGGUGGUUUGGUCGGAGCACUGAAUGCCUGCUUCUUUGCCAAAAGAGGCUUUGAUGUUGAAGUCUUUGAAAGUAGGGAAGAUAUCCGGAAAGCCAAAAUUGUGAAGGGGAGAAGCAUCAACCUGGCUUUGUCUCACAGAGGCCGGCAAGCACUGAAACAUGUCGGGAUGGAGGAUAAGAUUGUCUCCCAAGGAAUUCCCAUGCAUGCAAGAAUGAUCCAUUCACCAAGUGGGAAACAGUCUCCAAUCCCUUAUGGCAAGAAAGGCCAGUACAUCCUGUCAGUGGACCGAGCCAAUCUGAACAAAGAGCUGCUAACAGAGGCAGAGACAUAUCCAAACACAAAGCUGAACUUCGACCACAAACUGCAGGACUGGAGUGCCGAAACAGGGCUAAUGACCUUUGUCAGGGCAGACGGAUCCAAUGACCAGAUCAAGGCCGACCUAAUUGUAGGCUGUGAUGGAGCUUUCUCUGCCAUCCGCAAGCAAUUCCUCCGUCGCAGCCGCUUCAGCUACAGCCAGACCUACAUCCCCCAUGGCUACAUGGAGCUCACCAUGCCGCCCAUCAAUGGAGAGUUUGCCAUGAAGCCGAAUUAUCUGCACAUCUGGCCGCGAAACACAUUUAUGAUGAUCGCCCUGCCCAACUUGGACAAGACAUUCACCUGUACCCUCUUCAUGCCCUUUGAUGAGUUUGAGAAGAUCACCACAGGAGAUGAAGUCAUUGAGUUUUUCGAGAAAUACUUCCCUGACACAAUACCACUAAUAGGAGUUGAUGCACUCAAGAGGGAUUAUUUCCGAUUGCCUGCGCAGGCCAUGGUGUCUGUCAAGUGCUCCCCGUAUCACAUUAACGACAAAUGUGUCCUGAUGGGCGACGCAGCCCACGCAGUGGUGCCUUUCUAUGGGCAGGGGAUGAAUGCUGGCUUUGAGGACUGCAUUGUCUUCGACGAAAUAUUGGAACAGUUAAAUGAGGAUUUCAGUGCUGUACUGCCCGAGUAUACCAGAGUGAGAGUUCCUGACGACCAUGCAAUUGCAGACCUGGCCAUGUACAACUACAUUGAAAUGCGAGCACAUGUCAACUCCAAAUGGUUCCUUUUCAGAAAACAUGUCGAUAACAUCCUUCACUGCAUCAUGCCAAAGACAAUAAUUCCACUUUACACAAUGGUCACUUUCACUAGGACAAGAUACCAUGAAGCCGUGAUGCGCUGGCAUUGGCAAGACAAAGUGAUAAACCGUGGCCUGCUGUUCAGUGCUGCAGGAGCUGUUUUGGGAGGCUCAUACCUGCUCAUUAAAAAUCCUCCAGAUAUAAACAAGCUCAUCAUCCCCGCUGAGAAAAUCUGGAACAGGCUUCUGGCCCUACGGACAUCUUGAGCACUGGCAGACCCUCUGAUCUGACAGACAAGUGUUAAGACUGGUGUGUUAAACACUAGAAGCAAUUUAGGGGGUCUGGAUUUUAAUUAGAGUUUGAUUGAGUCCUCUAAUUCACAAUGAAGGCCCUGCCAGGCAAAUGAAUGUACUGUAGUAAUGAUUGUUGAAACUUCCAUCAUUAUAUAUAUCAUACCAUUAUCCAUCAUAAUGAUUGAUAAUAUAAUUUUAAACAUUUUAUCAGUGUGUAACUGAUUUGGCUGGAGGUCUCCAGCAGCAGAUUUUUUUAGUCUUUAAAUUUGAUUUUCAUUACAUCAUCAUCAUUAUUUGCACAAUUUUUAAUUUUCAAACAAAAUGUCAGUAUUAAACUCAGGAUCGGGGGCAGGGCCGAGGACAGUGGUUCUCAAAGUGAGGUCCGGGGACAACCAGGGGUCCUUGGAGGGGUUCCUGGGGGUCCUCAGCAAAAAGGGGAAUAAUUUAUUUUCACUAUAAUUCAAUCUAUGAAUAACACAA